AGCCUGCUGGCAGGAAUGGCAAAGAUGAGCAAGAACUGGGAGCUGCAGCUUCUCUCGCAGGAGGACACAUGGGGGUUCAGGCACACUUUGAGCAUGAUCAACCUGACAAGGCCACUGUGCUCCUCAGGCCCCCACCUGUCAGCCACUUUCAGGUCAGUCCUGUGUAGAAGUGCACCUGACCCUCUGUGUCUCCUCCCAUUGAGAAGCUGAAAGAAGGUGGUCAUAAUUGUGUCCAUCAUUCUGGCCACAGUCCCAUCUCUUCCUGUGUCAGCCCCAGUCCUGCCCUUACUACCAGUCCCCGAGGCAGUGGCCCAAGCUCUGAGACAUUUUUUGAGAUCAUCAAUCUACCUACCACACAGCCAAGGUAGGGUCAAUUGCUCCAGCACAGGCCCCUUUGUGCACAUUGGUGCAUCCAGACGUGGUGCAGGCACCUCCAUACCCUCCCAACCCACUCAUCCCCUGGCCCUGUUCACCUCCCAGAGGCUUCCCCAGGAGUCAGAUAGAGCUCAGGUCAGUUCCCCUCAGGACAGUCUGACACGGUGGCUCGGCGCGGGCCCAGGGGACUACAAAGAGGCAGAGCUGGGUGAGAACACACAUUGGCCGGUGCUCCCAGGGCUUCUCUGAGCCUCUGGCCCCUUCUCAUGUUCAUGGUUGCCUUCCACAUCCAUCCUAGCAGGGCUCUAGCCUUGGACUUGGCUUCUUUCUUGCCCCCCUGCUGAGAGCAAGCACUGCAAGGCCACAGGGCAGGAGGGGGACAUGGCAAGUUGGCUAGCAGGUGCCAGAAAGGGUGGAGAGGAUGACCCCAGCCCCCAAAGCUGGCCCGUCCCCCUGUACCCUCCUGAGGCUCCCUGAGAUCAUGGGUCCAUGUAGCCAGGGUCACAGGCAGACAUGGCUCUUCCCUCAACUGCUCAGGAUUCAGUGCCCAUUAUUAUUCCUAAGCAUUCCCAUCACUCUGCCAGUCCUGGGAUGAAGCCCUGUGAAGGCAAGGCAGGUGGGCUUGAGACCUCCACCCUGGUCUUAUCAGUGCUGGGCCAGGGCCAGAGGAGGCGACCCUGAAAAUGUGCGGGCAUGUGUAUGGCAUGCAUGCCUGUGGGUCCAAGGCUAUGUGACCUUCUGCUGGCCUUCUGUUUGGAGAUAAUGUGAGGAACAGUGUGGGGGAGUGGAGACAGGCACUGGACAGAGGUACCAGUCAAAGAGAGGCUCAGCAGCUCAGGGCCUCUGUUGGGCAGUGCUGCGUGGGGUCAGAGCUGGGAAGGAUGUCACCAGCGGCAGUGGCCAUCUCCCCCUCCACCAAGAGCUCCUGGCCUCCAGUGCCAACUCUGGAGACAGCCAUGCGGUGGAAGGUGCCCCUGCUUGUGGGGCUCAUCGUGCUGGGAACGCAUGUCUGCAGCUGCAAAUUUGUAGACAUCGAUAAGAGCUUGAAGGAUUUCGCCAGUGCUGUGGAGUAUGCUGUGUUUCAGUUCAAUGAGGACCAGGAGGAUGAGUUUGCCUACAAGUUUCUGCAGGUCCACCGGAGCCAGCAUAAGAGACUGACGUUGAUAUAUUUAAUGGACUUGGAGAUGGGGCGUACAGUUUGUAAGAAACAUGAUGAAGACAUUGACAAUUGCCCAUUGCAAGAAGGCACAGAAGAGAAAAUGGUGCGCUGCACUUUUAUAGUAGAUGUUCGAGCUUGGUUUUCCCAGUUCAGCCUCCUGAACAGCACCUGUGUGGAGAGAAGCUGGUGACAGAGCCCGUGGUUUUUCGCAGCAGAAGUCCCCUCUUCUUCUAUAGUGUGACAGUCUGUAGUCCUAGAUCUGUGCAUCCCGGCAGAAUUAAAGGCAUUUCAAAGCA